AUGGCGACGGACGGCGCGAGCUGCGAGCCCGACUUGUCCCGCGCCCCGGAGGACGCGGCGGGAGCCGCGGCGGAGGCGGCGAAAAAGGAGUUUGACGUGGACACCCUGAGUAAGUCAGAGCUGCGGAUGCUUCUCAGCGUGAUGGAAGGGGAGCUGGAGGCCAGAGACCUUGUCAUUGAGGCCCUGCGGGCUCGUAGGAAGGAGGUGUUUAUCCAGGAACGGUAUGGGAGAUUUAAUCUAAACGACCCGUUCUUGGCACUCCAAAGAGACUAUGAAGCAGGUGCCAGUGACAAAGAGAAGAAGCCUGUUUGCACCAACCCCCUGUCCAUCCUCGAAGCAGUCAUGGCCCACUGCAGGAAAAUGCAGGAACGGAUGUCCACACAGCUGGCUGCCGCCGAGAGCAGACAGAAGAAGCUGGAAAUGGAAAAGCUUCAGCUCCAAGCCCUGGACCAGGAACACCAGAAGCUGGCGGCGCGCCUGGAGGAGGAGCGGGGCAAGAACCGGCACGUGGUGCUGAUGCUGGUGAAGGAGUGUAAGCAGCUCUCGGGCAAGGUCAUCGAGGAGGCCCAGAAGCUGGAGGAGGUCAUGGCCAGCCUGGAAGAGGAGAAGAAGAAGACGAACGACUUGGAAGAGCAGCUGUGCGCUGAGAAACGCCGAAGCGCCGAGAUGGAAGCGCAGAUGGAAAAGCAGCUCUCCGAGUUCGACACGGAACGGGAGCAGCUGCGUGCCAAGCUGAACCGAGAGGAAGCCCACACCACCGACCUCAAAGAGGAGAUAGACAAGAUGAAGAAGAUGAUCGAGCAACUGAAAAGGGGGAGCGACAGCAAACCGAGCCUGUCGCUCCCGCGGAAGACAAAAGACAGGCGUCUGGCUUCUGUGUCUGUGGCCACCGAAGGACCCGUGACCAGGGCUGUUGCUUGUCAGACAGACCCCGUGCCUGAAAGCACUGACCACGUGAGAAAGUUGCCUUUGACGGUACCUGCCAAGCCCUCGGCCGGGAGCCCCCUCGUGUCUGCCAACACAAAAGGGAACGUGUGCCCCCACGCCGCGCCGGGCAGACCAGGUAUGGACAGGCAGGCCUCCCACGGGGACUUAAUGGGCUCUUCUGCACCCACCAUCCCAGCUGCAAGUGCAAGCCGAAUGGAGGCGAAUGGACCAAGCCCUGGCUCCACACCGGAUCACACAAGUAGCACACCCCCUAUUCCCAGUGGCACCACUCCUGCCCCGGCUCACGUGCCCGGGGUGGCCGCCCAGAGCCCUGUUCCUCCAGCGCCUGGGCACGGCCUGCACUCACCGUGUGCCACCACGGCUUUGCAUCCUGGGCUCAACCCACGCAUCCAAGCAGCCAGGUUUAGAUUUCAAGGCAACGCAAACGACCCCGACCAAAAUGGAAACACCACCCAGAGUCCUCCAUCAAGAGACGUCUCUCCUACAAGUCGCGACAACCUAGUGGCCAAACAGCUAGCUCGGAACACUGUGACCCAAGCUCUGUCGAGGUUCACAAGCCCUCAAGUGGGCACUCCCCCCAGGCCGGGAGUGCCCCCGACAGGGGACGUGGCCACCCACCCUCCAGUCGGUCGGAGUGGUUUGAAGACUCCCGGCGGAGCGCGAGUCGAUAGAGGAAAUCCUCCUCCCAUACCCCCGAAAAAACCAGGGCUGUCCCAGACGCCUUCUCCACCCCACCCCCAACUCAAGAUCCCGGUGGACAGCAGCAGGGCCUCCAGUGCGGGGGCCAAAGUUGAAAACAAAACUGUGGCUUCGCCUCCUUCCAGCUUGCCCCCUGGGAGCAGGGUCGUUACGGAAGAGAACCCCCCUAAGUCUUCCUCCCCUCAGCUGCCACCAAAGCCGUCCAUAGAGUUAACUGUGGCACCUGCAGGCUGUGCUGUUUCAGCCCUGGCUGCGUCUCAGGUGGGUGCCUGGCCUGCUGAAACCCCUGGACUGAAGCCACCUGCAUGUUCAGACAGUUCCCUUGUCAUUCCCAACACCAUUGCCUUUCGCUCUUCCAUAAACCCUGUUAGUGCCUCAGACAGCCUCCUGGUAACAGCAUCAGGCUGGUCACCCUCCCUAACCCCUUUGCUAAUGAGUGGUGGUCCUGCCCCCCUGGCUGGCAGGCCCACCCUUCUUCAGCAAGCUGCUGCCCAGGGAAAUGUCACUUUAUUAUCAAUGCUGCUUAAUGAAGAAGGACUGGACACUAAUUACUCCUGUGAAGAUGGCCAUUCUGCCUUGUAUUCUGCUGCUACGAAUGGACAUGCAGACUGUGUGAGAUUGCUGCUGGACGCAGAAGCCCAAGUCAAUGCUGCUGAGAAGAACGGCUUCACACCCUUGUGUGCCGCAGCUGCUCAGGGACAUUUCCAGUGUUUAGAAUUACUACUUGCAUCUGAUGCUGACGUCAAUCAUGCUGCUGAUGGAGGACAGACACCUCUAUACCUGGCCUGUAAAAAUGGAAAUACAGACUGUAUUAAACUCUUGUUGGAAGCUGGAACUGACCGAAGUAUAAAAACCAGAGAUGGCUGGACACCAGUGCACGCAGCCGUGGACGCUGGUAAUGUGGACAGCCUGAAGCUCCUCAUGUACUAUCGAGCAGCAGCUCGGGGAAACUCUUCCAAUGAGGAGGAGCCUGAAUCGGGCACCUUUGCCCGGGAUGGUGGGGAAGAGAGUUCUGAAGGCACAUCCGAACCCGUUGUUUCUGCAGAUCUUAUUAACCAUGCCGACAGAGAGGGCUGGACUGCUGCCCACAUCGCUGCUUCGAAAGGCUUUAAGAACUGCCUAGAAAUCUUAUGUAGGCAUGGAGGGCUGGAGCCAGAAAAGAGAGACAAGUGCAAUCGGACUGUGCAUGAUGUUGCUACUGAUGACUGCAAGCACUUGCUGGAGAAUCUGAAUGCUCUUAAAAUACCCUUAAGGAUUUCCGUAGGUGAGAUGCAACCAGACAACUGUGGUUCUGAUGAUUUUGAAGGCGAAAACACAAUAUGUACUUUAAGUAUCCGCAAACAGACAUCAUGGGAUGAUUUUUCAAAAGCAGUGAGUCAAGCUCUGACAAAUCAUUUUCAAGCAAUCUCUUCUGAUGGGUGGUGGAGUCUGGAAGACGUGACAUUUAAUAACACCACCGACUCUAGCAUCGGCCUCAGCGCAAGCAGCGUACGAUCCAUCACGCUAGGAAAUAUGCCGUGGCCAGCAGGUCGGAGCUUCGCCCCGUCCCCGUGGGACUUCGUGAGGAAGAACAAGACAGAGCAAGUCACGGCGCUUCUGCCAGGCCCUCAAGAAGGCUGCCUUAGUAGUGUGACGUACGCAUCCAUGAUUCCGCUGAAGACGCUGCAGAACUACCUCCGGCUGGUCGAGCAAUACCAUAAUGUCAUAUUUCAUGGCCCUGAAGGAAGCUUGCAAGACUUCAUAGCACAUCAGCUUGCACUCUGCAUGAAGCACAGACAAAUGGCUGCAGGGUUUUCCUGUGAUAUAGUAAGAGCUGAAGUGGAUGCAGGUUUCUCCAAGGAGCAACUAUUAGACCUGUUCAUCAGCAGUGCUUGUCUGAUCCCAGUGAAACAAUCUCCUGUAAAGAAGAAAAUCAUCAUCAUCUUAGAAAAUUUGGAGAAUUCUUCCUUGUCUGAAUUAUUGGGGGACUUUUUGGCACCCCUUGAAAAUCGCAGCACAGAAAGCCCAUGCACUUUCCAAAAAGGAAAUGGAGCGUCGGAGUGCUAUUACUUUCAUGAGAACUGCUUCCUGAUGGGGACCAUUGCCAAGGCCUGUCUGCAGGGCUCCGACCUGCUGGUGCAGCAGCACUUCCGCUGGGUGCAGCUGCGGUGGGACGGCGAGCCCAUGCAAGGACUGCUGCCCAGGUUCCUGAGAAGGAAAGUUGUGAAUAAGUUCAGAGGUCAGGUGCCUGCACCCUGCGACCCCGUGCACAAGACCGUAGCCUGGGCACUGUCCGUCUGGCGACAGCUCAACUCCUGCCUGGCCCACCUGGGCACACCUGAAGCACUUCUCGGCCCAAAGUAUUUCCUGUCUUGUCCUGUGGUCCCUGGACGUGCCCAAGCGACAGUGAAGUGGAUGUCCAAGCUGUGGAACGCUGUCAUCGCGCCCAGAGUUCAAGCAGCAAUCCUGUCGCGAGCCUCCGUGAAGAGACAGCCUGGCCUUGGGCAGACGGCGGCUAAGAAACACCCCAGCCACGGGCAGCAGGCUGUGGUGAAAGCCGCUCUCAGCAUCUUACUCAAUAAAGCUGUUCUGCACGGCUGUCCCCUCCCGAGAGCAGAGCUAGACCAGCACACAGCGGAUUUCAGAGGGGGAAGUUUUCCUCUAUCCAUUGUUUCAAGUUACAACAGCUGCAGCAAGAAGAAAGGAGAGAGCGGGGCCUGGAGAAAGGUGAGCACCAGUCCCCGCAAGAAGUCUGGCCGCUUCUCCUCACCCACCUGGAAUGAGCCCGAUCUCAGCCCGGGAGGUAUAAAAAACAAGGCUAUAUCACAGCUGAACUGUGGAAGGAACACUUCCCUAUCAAAACAAAAGUCUCUAGAGAACGAUCUGUCAUUGACGUUGAAUUUGGAUCAGAGGUUCUCUCUGGGUUCAGACGAUGCGGCAGAUCUCGUCAAGGAGCUUCAGAGCAUGUGUUCCAGCAAGUCGGAAUCUGACCUAAGCAAGAUUGCUGGUUCCAGGGAUGAGUUAAGGACGUUUCACAGUCCAGGAAGCAAUCCUGCAUUUUCAGCACCUGUUAAUAAUCCAAGAACGCCAGUGUCACCAAAGGAGGUCAGUCCUCUCAGCAGCCAUCAAGCUACCGAAUGCAGCACCAGUAAAUCAAAGACUGAGUUGGGUGUUUCAAGAGUUAAAUCUUUUCUUCCUGUUCCUAGAAGUAAAAUCGCCCAGUGUUCCCAGAACACCAAAAGAAGCAGCAGCAGCAAUACAAGGCAACCAGAAAUCAACAACAACUCCAAAGAAGAGAAUUGGAACCUACACAAACAUGAACAAGUAGAAAAACCUAACACAUAGGCCUGCCUACAAUAUUCUCACUACUAACUUCUGUAUAUUUCACACAGAAACCAAGGACAACAAGAUGUAAAUACUUCAAAUGUUUUCACUGUAAUAUAAAGUAUGAGUGCGGGACCACUAUUCAUUUUUUGUAAAGAAUGUAUUUAUAGCCAACUUUUGUCUUUUUUUUUUUUAAUUCUGUGAGACCAAACUUCAAUACCAAGAAGUUAUGCCAACUUUUCAAGUAGUUUUAUAAUAAACUUGUAACAGUUUUCAUCAAGAUGUUCAGGGGUAUUAAAGCAGAACUGUCUAAUACUGUAUAUCUAUAUAUAUGUACAUAUGUAUGUAUAUUUAACAAAGUCCACAAAUCCUAUUGCCUACUACAUGUUACAAAAUGUGUACAACAUUGGCUUAAAUAACAUGUACCAUUUUAAAUGGAAACCAUAAUUUUAUGUUCACUUGAUGGGGAAUGACUAGAAUGGGCAAUAAUGAAUUAUUUCUUAACAGUUAUUUUCCAUUAAAAGCCAUAUUAAGUAUUUUGCCUGCUAAAGUUUUACAUUUUAAAUCUUUUAGUGGCUAUGUUACCAUUUGGUUGAUCAUGUAUAUAUUUAUGCUUAUGAGUUUGCAUUAUGACUCCUUUGAAAGAUGAAAUUAUAAUGCAAUAAGUGUUAUCUUUCUUACAAAAGUUUUAUACCUAAGUGACAAUUAAAAAAUCUGCAUAAAGGCUCCAUUAAGUUAAUAUUGAAGGAGUUAACUGAAUUAUUUCUAAUAGCACAAUUGAUAAAAUAUUUUCUAGAAGUGUUUCUUCUAAAAGUAUUAAGAACACUUAUAC